UAAAUCCACGUCGCAUCACUAUUGACUGCAGCCUACCGGAAAGUGAUCAAAGUGUUGAAAGACUACCGAGAUGUAUGUGAUGACAAGGGAUCUUCAUCCAUGUUGAAAAAUCAAAGUGAAAUGAACUAUAUUUCGACUUUUCUUGCGCCUACGAUCAAGAAGCUUUUCAAAGGAUAUGAUAACAUUGAAUUCAUGUGGAGUGAUACAGCUCUUGCUGCAUCGAAAGAAGAAGAAUAUGCUGCACAAACGGAUGAUGAUACCAGAUCGAAAGGAAGAAUUCCUGAUGGAGUGUUUACUUUGAAAGAUUAUUACAUGGAUUUUUCACUCGUCGAGAUCAGUGGACCUCCCAACACCAACAACCAUCAGCAUCAUAUUGGGGACCGGAAUAAGCUGGCAAAAACUUUAAACAACAGUUGAAGUACAAUCACCGACGGAGAUGACGAUCCAAUAAAAGCCAGACCAGUCGGCCAACAGAGGACUCUAGAAAGUCCAAUUGCUCAACCCUUAGAGCCAAUCCUUAUCCCGAAGUUACGGAUCUAUUUUGCCGACUUCCCUUAACUACAUUGCUCUAUCAACUAGAGGCUUUACACCUUGAAUAC